GCCAGAGUAGAGGCCAAGAUACGCCCGCACGCGGUAGGUCCCGGUCUAGAAGGCGGCCGUGACGGCGCCACCGAUUCUCCCAUCUGGAGAGAGAACGGAUACACAAGGACGAUGUCUCAAUCGCCCAAUCGUCUGUGGCCGCUCGAGAGUCUCUGAGGGCAAAAUCUCACAAUGUUCAAUGGGCGACAGAAAGAGAGGGGGAGAGAAAGGAGGAGCAAGCAAUCAGGGGCUGCUUUCCUGCCGCAUUCCGUUCCAUCGCAACCGUGGCCUUGGCUGGGAGGAUGGUGGGCCGUGACUUGGUGUAUUCGCCUGCUGGGAGUGUGCUCUGUGGUUAUUGAUGAACGUACCUGUGGUUCGACGAGUGGACAUUAUGUUGACUGACGUGAAUUGACAGGCACGUGGAGCAGGAUGCUAUCGGUCAG